AUGAGUGAACAGACGCCUGUGAAAAACGGGGAUGUUCAAGUUCCAGAAACUUCGCCCGUUGAAGAAACGAAGAUUGCGUCGUCUUCACCGCUGAAAAAUGACAACACACAGUCAUCUCUUUUGAGAGACAGGUUUGUGUAUAAACCGCCUGAGAAGCCUAGUUUGAGUGACUUGGUGAGCUCAGAGUCUGGAGUGGGUGGCAUGGAUGCAGAAGUGGCGCUAUUGGUCUCAGAAUACUCUGAAUUUUCGGAAACAUUGAUCAAGGCGGUGUUCAAAUCGAAUUCGUACAAUUUGGAUCUAACUCGCGAAAGAUUGGAAAAAAUACAAUCCCAGAAAACAUCACGAUCGUGGGCUUGGAAUGCGGGGGACAAAAAACCCACGGCUCGGUUAGGAACACUGGGAUCGGCCUCUUCGUCGUCGCCGUCGUCUUUAAACGCCAGGACUGGUGUAAGCGGUGGUGUCCCCAACAGAGGUGGUUAUGGGAGCGGCAGAAAUGUGGUCGCAUCACCUGAAAAAUCCUCCAAGGUCACAGUAGAAAAACAGAAAAGCUCCAUUUUCGACCGUUACUCGCAUGUAAUGAACCAGCGUCACAGACCAACGAUGGAAUCGGUAGUGGUUGACCCGUCAACAAUUGCACAACUGGAAUCCACGACUCGUAAAAGACGGAAACUGGUGCGUGCAUCAGACGCUCAGCCGCAGCCUUCAAGAUCGGGAAACAAAAAAAGUUCUGUGUCGCUCUCAGAUGAGGACGAAGGAGAGGUCAGCGGAGACGAGAUCGUCAGUGGUGAAGACUACCAAGAAAGGACACCGGAGAUUAACAUUGAUGCAGACAUUUUGAAAUUCUUGAACGAGGCAGAUGUGAAGGACAUAGCGGAUCUUGCAGAUACCUCGCUGGACAAGGCAACCAUGGUGGUCAAAAAUAGACCAUAUAGCAGUUUGACCGAGUUCAGUCAAGCUGAUUUUGUCACCGAAGAAGAAUUACAGAAGCAAGAGAAAAAGAAGACGACCAAGAGAGGACCCUCUAAAAAAGAUGGUGAAAAACUGUUGGACAAGGUUAUUCAAACUAUGAAAGGCUAUAACGCUAUUGACUCGCUUAUCAAAAAAUGCUCGGCGUACGGUGAUUCAAUUGCUUCACAAAUACAGAAAUGGGGUGUCAACGUGGAAGACAUACAAAGCGGAGAGCUCAAUUUCAUCGAUAUCGGUGACGAUGACGAAAGUGAAAUCAGUGAGAGCGAGACACCUGCUCCAGAAACUCCUGCCAGUAACAGCACCGAACCCGUUGCUAAAGUGAAAAAGACUAAAUCAGACGGUGAUGAGAGCGAUUUUGAAGAUGACGAAGAGGAAGACUAUCAAGAUAGCGAUGACGAAGAAUUUCAUGCGAAAAGAAGAACAAGAGCAUCAGGUCGUGGAAGGGGAAAACCAAGGCAGACUGCGGUGAAGUUCUUCAAGCAAAAGCCCAAACUUCUGUCUCCUGAAGUCACUCUAAAGGACUACCAGCAAACGGGUAUCAAUUGGAUAAAUUUACUUUAUCGUAACAAUUUAUCUUGUAUCUUAGCUGAUGAAAUGGGUCUCGGCAAAACCUGCCAAGUUAUUGCUUUCUUGUCGUACCUCAAACAAAACAAUGAACCUGGUCCACAUUUGGUUGUGGUACCGUCUUCUACUUUGGAAAAUUGGCUGAGAGAAUUUGCCAAAUUCUGUCCUGAAAUGAAGAUUGAGCCUUAUUAUGGGUCUCAGCAAGAAAGAGCUGAGCUUCGCGAAAUUCUAGAGGAUAAUGACGGGCAGUACGAUGUGGUCGUAACCACAUAUAAUCUUGCUUCUGGUAGCAAGUACGACGUCUCGUUCUUGAAAAAUCGUGGCUUCAACGUUGUUGUCUACGAUGAGGGUCAUAUGCUCAAAAACUCACUAUCAGAAAGGUUCUCGAAACUUAUGAAGAUUGAAGCCAACUUUCGAAUGCUUCUAACGGGAACACCGCUACAGAACAAUUUAAAGGAGCUGAUGUCUCUGCUAGAGUUUAUCAUGCCCUCUCUUUUCAUUUCUAAAAAAGAUGACUUGUCGGCGGUUUUUAGACAAAGAGCGAGAACUUCUGACUCGAACAAAGACUACAAUCCACUUUUGGCACAAGAAGCGGUUGCCAGAGCGAAAACCAUGAUGAAACCAUUCAUUUUGAGAAGGAAAAAAGAUCAGGUUUUGAAGCAUCUUCCUCGCAAGCAUACUAGAGUUGACUACUGUGAGAUGUUUGAGGCUCAAAGAGCAAUUUAUAAUCGUGAGAUACAGCUUGUUUUGGAGCACAAGCGCAUGCUCGCCGAAAAGGCAGACGAGAGCGACUCAAAUGAGGAACCCAAGAAAAACGGCAAAGUGGUAAAAACCAAAAUGAACAUAUCGAAAAAUCUAAUCAUGUCACUGAGAAAGGCCUCAUUGCAUCCACUGUUGUUCAGAUAUAUUUACACCAACGAUAUUUUGGACCAAAUGAGCCAAGCAAUUCUGAGUGAGCCGGACUAUGCUGAAAAUGGAAAUAAGGAUUACAUCCAAGAGGAUAUGAGCUAUAUGACCGACUUUGAACUGCACAAGUUAUGUCUGAACUUUCCAAAGAGUUUGGGAUCAUUCCAGCUGAAGAACGACGAAUGGAUGAAUUCGGGCAAAGUUGAGGUUUUGGGUAAGAUCUUGAAGGACAUCAUUGAAAACAAGAAGGAAAAGGUGCUAAUAUUCUCGCUGUUUACGCAGAUGCUGGACAUCUUGGAACUGGCGCUAACCACGAUGAACAUCAAUUUUCUUCGCUUGGACGGAUCAACGCAGGUCAACGACCGGCAAACUUUGAUUGACAAAUUUUACGAUGACGACACUAUCCCAGUAUUUAUCUUGUCAACCAAAGCAGGAGGCUUUGGGAUCAACUUGGUGUGUGCCAACCACGUGAUUAUCUUUGAUCAAAGUUUCAAUCCACACGAUGACAAGCAAGCAGCAGACCGUGCACACCGUGUUGGCCAGACCAAGACUGUACACACGACCACUUUGAUUACGCGGAACUCGAUUGAGGAAAAGAUUCUUCAACUCGCCAAAAACAAAUUGGCUCUUGACGUACACAUCAGCGAGGACGAUCCGAAGGCCACCGAAGCGUUGGAUAACCGCGUCAGCGAUAUUCUCGAGGACAUUAUUUACGAUGAGAAUAAAUGA